GCACACCAUUUGUUUGACACGUAGACAUAAACGUAAACGGAUACAAAUGAGAAUCAGCACCGGUUCAGUGAAACGGUGUAAUAUCAAACGAGAAACAGACCUGUCGAUGUUAAUUUAUUAAUUAAACUAUUGGAAUUGUCCACAAUGGGGAAAAUCGCCCUUCAAUUUAAAGCCACCUUAGAAAACAUAACUAAUAUUUGUACUGAGGGAGAUAACUUCCGAUGGUAUAUCAAAGUGAAAUGUGCCAAUUGUGGGGAGACAACUGAUCGGUUUGUUUAUGUGUGUCUGGAGGAGAGUGCACCAUUAAAAGGCGGUCGAGGAUCAGCCAACCUGGUGUUAAAAUGUCACCUGUGUUCCAGGGAAAAUUCAAUAAGUAUCAUCAAAGAGUUGUUAGGCAAGUACACCAUUGAUAACGACAACCAGUUUGUUUCCAUGGUAACUUUUGAGUGUCGCGGCAUUGAACCAGUGGACUACCAACCCACGUGUGGCUUUGUUGGAGAAAGUUCCGAGUCAACAACACAAUUUAAAGAGAUCACGUUUGCUGAAGGGGACUGGACAGACUAUGAUGAAAAUGCCAGCGUCUCUGUUGGAAUCUAUGACCUGGAGUAUCGAUUUGUAAAAGCCUGAGUAGAUUUUAUUAAAUUUUUAUCUAACUUUUAAA